AUGUACAGAAUACUUCCUUCAAGAGUCGGAUCUAAGAAAUUAGUGGGACUCGUUCAGAGAAACGCAAAGAUCAGACUAAUUUCAAGCACAAAUGGUCAAAAAAACACCACAGUAUACCCAAUCCCACAUAUAAAGUCAGAGAAUGUUAAGCCUGAUAUGGAUUCUGAAUCUAGUUACCUUGAUACAUUGACAAAGAAAGAACUUUUUGGCUACUUUGUUAUUGGGUUGGCCACACUUAACAAGCCCAUUUUAUCAUUAGUUAUCAAACUUUUCCCGUAUACUCCAUUAUGGAUGAUCAAGGCAUUGGUUUAUCAAAACUAUUGUGGAGGAGAUGAUGUUAAACAGGUUGUCAAAACCGGUGAAAGGUUAGCAGAAAGAGGUAUCAAAAAUAUGAUGGUUUCUUACACAGUUGAAGCAUGUGAUGGUAAACAAAUGUCUGUUAGUAUUCCACAAAUCAUUGAAGAGACUAAGUCCAGUGUUACCAAUAUAUUGACUCCUCAUAUCAGAUCUAUGUUGAAAGAUGCCACUUCCAAGGUGGAAAAUCCAGUGGAACUAUCAAAUGCAAUUAAUGAAAUUCCACCAGGUUAUGUUGCCUUAAAACCAACAGGCCUAAUCGAAAAUGCCGCCGAAGUUUUGCUAAACUAUGAAAACCCCGAGUAUUAUGACAGAUACAAUGAAUUGGUUUCUAAUUGUGAAAGUGUCUGUGAAAUAGCUGCCAAGAAGAACUCUGAAUUAAAGGCGGAAUACCCACAAAGGGAAGCCCCAUUUGUUUCUGUUGUGGUUGAUGCGGAACGUAAUGAUUUACAGCAAGGUGUCUACAAGUUACAACGUGAUUUAAUGGCUAAAUUUAACAGAUCCGCAAUAAAAGGCGCUAAGCCACAAGUUGGAGAUGCAUGCGUGGUUGGUACCGUUCAAAUGUAUUUGAAAGAAUCUUUUGGGAUAUUAGAGCUUGAGGACAAACUAGCAAGGGAAGGAAAUUAUAUAUUGGGUUGGAAAUUAGUUCGUGGAGCGUACAUUCACUCUGAGCCUGAUCGUGGCGUAAUCCAUAAUACUAAGGAAGACACAGAUAAGAACUAUGAUGCUGGUAUCUUGAAGUCAAUCCACAAUAUGAACAGUGGCAACCCAACUGUAGGACAUUUGGUUGUUGCUUCUCACAACGGUAAUACACAAUUAAAAGCUACUCAACUGUUGGAAGGAUUAGGCAUGAAUUCAACUGCAGACCAUGUGCGUUAUAAUGUUGUACUAGGUCAACUAUUAGGUAUGGCUGACAACAUAACCUACGAUUUAAUCACAAACCAUAAUGUGAAAAAUAUCAUCAAGUAUGUUCCUUGGGGACCACCAUUAGAGACCAAAGAUUAUCUUUUGAGAAGACUUGAAGAAAAUGGCGACGCUGUUCGUGCGGACUCUGGUUGGCCUCUAGUCAAGGGUAUUAUGUCUACCUUCUUCAAGAGGCUCUGUUGA